AAUGACGGCUGUCUCUGGGUCGCUGCAGGAUGGAUGAAGUGGAUUUGACAGUUUUUGUCUGUCACCAUCAGUGCUUGCCUCUCAGUGACUGUGUCUUGUUCUUUUACGUUUAUAAAAGAACACCUCCUCUCUUGGGCUCUGGCCCCUUACACUGUAAGAGUAACUGUUAGUAAGGAAUACCCCACGGAGGGGGCCUUCCAGCAAACUCUGUGGUUCACGUGAGCUUUUAUUACUUUUUCUCAUAGGCUUUUUUUGUGCCGCAGAAAGAAGACAUUUUUGCAGGUGAAGGUUUACAUUUGAGUUUUUUUCAUAAUAAUUUAUUUAUAAAUGUAAUUUUUUUUUCCUGGAGAGAUGUCGUCGGAAAAUCCCAACAAGGUGGUGACCUUCUUGGCCCCUCCACCUCCAAAGAAUGUGAAUGGCUCCGGUUCGGACUCACUGGUGGGUGAGAAGCUAGACACGGAGGUCAGAAAACGACGCCACACCAUGGAUAAAGAUCUGAAGACGGCUGAGCACAGAUUUUUUAGGCGUAGUGUCAUCUGUGACUCCAAUGCCACAGCCCUCGACUUGCCCAGCAAAGCCUGCAUCCUCAACUCGCCUCCGGACUGUGAGCAGUUUGUUGUGCCUGCAGUGCUGGGUUCGGCCCCUGAUGUUACCAUUGACACCCAAGUGGGUGUUUCGGGUGUCCUAUUGGAAGAACAUGCAGAGGAUGGAAGAGCUGCUGGGGUUGAUGGGAUUGUGGAGGUACAGAGCCCAUCUGUGCAGGAUGUGGGUGUGAGGCAGAUCGAGGCCCUUGGGAUGGCAGAGACGGAGCCCAGCGAUGUGGGUGACAAGGAGCAGGAGAGCGGAGUAGCAGACAAACGUGAAGAGGAGGAGAGAGGGGUGGCGAAGGCCCGUGCUGAAGCUGAGCAGAGGGAGGCUGAGAAAAAGGUUCAGGAGGACGAAGAAGUGGAAACCAAAGCUGUGGGCACCUCACCUGAUGGGCGUUUCCUCAAAUUUGACAUCGAGAUUGGACGCGGCUCGUUCAAAACCGUCUACAAGGGUUUGGACACGGAGACAACGGUGGAAGUAGCGUGGUGUGAACUUCAGGAUCGGAAGCUUUCGAGAUCAGAGCGCCAGCGCUUCAAGGAAGAGGCCGGCAUGUUGAAAGGUCUGCAGCACCCAAACAUUGUGCGUUUUUACGACUCAUGGGAGUCGCCCUCCAAAGGCCGCAAGUGCAUUGUGCUGGUCACAGAGCUCAUGACGUCAGGAACCCUAAAAACCUUGUCUUCUGCCAUCUCAGAUUGUGUGGUUUGUCUAGAAAUUGAUCAGAUGAUUUUCACCUGGCAGACACUAAAGCGCAUAAAGCAUGCACCAUAUGUAGUUUUGUUAAGUCCCUGUGGAGCUCUAAAAGGAUUUCUUUCACAGCACAAAAGACAUGUUGAUUUAAUGUUCUUUUGUGUUUCAACCCUGCAGGGAGUUAAACCUGGCAGUUUCGACAAGGUAGCCAUUCCAGAGGUGAAAGAGAUCAUCGAGGGAUGUAUUCGCCAAUACAAAGAUGAAAGAUACGCCAUCAAGGACCUUCUGAACCAUGCCUUCUUCCAGGAGGAGACUGGGGUGCGGGUGGAGCUGGCUGAGGAGGAUGAUGGGGAGGUGAUUGCCAUCAAACUCUGGUUACGUAUUGAAGACGUCAAGAAACUGAAAGGCAAAUACAAAGACAACGAAGCCAUCGAGUUUUCCUUCGACCUCCAUCGAGAUGUGCCAGAAGAUGUGGCUCAGGAAAUGGUUGAGUCGGGCUAUGUUUGCGAGGGCGACCACAAAACCAUGGCCAAGGCCAUCAGGGACCGUGUGUCCCUGAUCUGCCGCAAACGAGAGCAAAGACAGCAGGUGCGAGCCAAGCAAGAGAAACGCAAGCAGGAGGAGGAGCAAAAGCAGUUGUCUAGCGAGUCUUUGAAGAACGUGCCCAGCUCUCAAGGUUCUGCACAGAGUCAGUGCGGUUCCCAACCUCCGACCCCUGGCCUCGUCCAGCCUGAGUGGGAGGAGCCUGACGCAGACCAGCAGCUUCAGUACAUGCAAAGUGGAAUUACCUUGGCUGACGGGGCGCUUGACAGUGGUCAGGGUUCAUCCGUGUUCUCAGAACCUCACCCCAGCCAGCUCAGCAUGUCGUAUAGUUCUCCUGCAGCGUCGCAACCCCAGCAGGUGCCUGGACAGGCCGCCUACCCUCCCAGCUCUCAAGCUCCCCAACAGCACACCGCAUACCCCCAGCAGCCCAUGCCACAAUCAGUCAGUCAGCCGUACGGUGGAGGAGGCUCAGGUCUGGUCGAGCCCCAGCUCUUUUUCCCCACCAUCCCGGAACGGCCCGUCUCGUUCUCCCCCCCGCCAUCUUGCUCGCCUAAAGCUUUCAGCGUGCAGCGCCGAAAGAGCACCUCCAUCCUGGAGGCCCACACUCGUCACUUCCAACCCGCCUACCAUCGUAGCUACGGCAGUAGCCUGCACCCGUUUUCUGGCAUGGAAGCUUUGGCCCCCGGCUGUGAACCAUCCCUGUUCAUGAUGCCCGGGAUGGCGGCUCAAAGGUUGGCCGAACCACUGCACCUACAGCCCCCAGCAGAACCGCUAUACGGAUAUAAAGACAUGAGAGCCGAGCAAGAGGAAGCUGUGCGCAGACUCAGCCUCAACCAGGCUGCAUUAAUGGACCAUCUGGAAGCCAUGGCAUACAGUGGCUACCCUAUGACUGCACAUCAGCUAAGCCACAUCAGCUUCCAUCAGCAAAUGCAGGUCGCCGCUGCAGCUAGCUUGGCCUAUGAGACUCAAUCACAGCCUGGGCCAGCUUACCUACACCCUCAUGUCCAGAGUCACAUGCGCUUAACCCACAGCCCGAUCCCGCAACUGCCUUCCAUGAGUGUGUCUAGCUCUGCCUCUGCGCCGCAACAAACCGCAGCUGCAGAUCCAAGCUAUCAGCCCCAUUUGUUUCCCCAUUCCGCACCACCUGUGUUGGCUCACACAUCUGAGCCGAGCACCGCCUUUGAAUUCCACAUGCACAACCUCCAGGCAGACCCAGCCAUGCUGGCGUCCAGACUGUACCGAGCCCGCCGAGGCUCCAUGGACCUUAACCUGGAGGAAGCGUCUGGCAGCCAGGGCUUGUGUGGUCGAUUGCAGCCCGUUACUGAAGAACUGUAUAGCUACGUGAGCCCGGAGCUGCCCCUUCCCCCGGGCAACCUGCUUCUCCAUGGACCUAAAGAACUCAGUCCUGAACCUUCAAGUGACUCCAUGACCUCCUCCGAUGCUGGGGAGUUCCACUCGCCUCCACCUCAUCCUUUGUUCCAAUCUCAAGACUGUUCUGCAGCUCAAUCCAUCCCACAAAUGUUGUACUACAAAACAGAUGGAGGGAGCAACAUCAGCGAAGGACACCCACCCAGUCAGACGAUGUUUCUGUUCAUUCCACCUUCUGAAUCAUCCACCAUUCCGUCCUCGCACAUCAGUGCUCUGCAUAGUACCUGGGCCCGUCAACCAUCCCAUCCACCGGACCUCAAAUACCACGAGCCUGCCUUGUCCCAUCAGGGCGCUACCUUGGUGCAGAUCCCAAUCCCUCAAUCUACAAGUGCCAUGUCUCUGGUUUCCUGCAGCACCCCAUCAGCCACCUCUGCUUCUCAACAGUAUGGAGGUUACUACAUCCAAGCACUCCCUUCGCAGGCUGCUGUUCCACAACAAGUUUCUCUGGGGCAGACAUUCCAACCAGGUGUCUCGUUAUCCCAACAGCAAGUUCCCCAACAGCCUCCCAGCACUGUGGUUCAGAGCAGUUCCCAGACACAGGUCCAGCCCACACAGCUACUCUGCGUACCAACUAUAGCAGGUGCCCCGUUUCUGCAGCAACCUGUGCCUGAAGCGCUGACGUGCCCGGCAGCCGUGCCUGUGCCAGCCACGUCCCUGUCAGCGUUGCCGCCCCAUCUACCCCAAUUGGUACCGCCUCUAGUGACAUCUGUGCCAACCAUCUAUGUGGUCACAGUCCCCUCCCCCACCGAACAGCCGUGUUUGCCAGCAGACAACCCAGCGCAGACAUCUCAUAGCGUCUCUCAGACUUUGACGACAGAGUUGUCACAACUCCAAACCCUCAAUUGUGAGAACCUGUGUUCCGCUUACACCAGUGACGCCACGCUCUCUGCGCCCAGUUUGUGUGUCACCUCGCAAGGCUGUGUAAAGUUCAGCUGUGGGUCGGAGAGGGUGACCUUCAAACCAGGUGGCAGGAGGACGCGUUUUCUGAGUACGCCCUGCUUGGCUCUUUGGAAGAUGGUGAAAAAAGUGUGCCCCUGCAACCAACUUUGUAGGACGAGCAGCACCAACACGGUGGCGGGAAACGGUCAGAAUCAAUACCAGCCGCCCGUCUCUCAGUCCCAGAGCUGCAAGGGCAUGUUCACAGACGAGCUGCACAAAUUGGUGGACAACUGGGCCAGGGACGCUAUGACCCUGUCGCAGGGCAAGAGAGGCUCCAAGCACCAACAACAAGUGACUCCUCAGGGCCACAGCUACGAAAUGGUUCCUCCUACCAAUAUGGGCCGUAAGUACUCGGCUCCAGGCCAGCUGUGCCCAAGCAUCGCUUCAACUCUCAGCAGCCACCCGCCCAUGCCCAACACUCCCGCUACCUCUCUGGGGGCCCUGAAGGGCUCCUUGUGUCCCACGCCGCAGUACGGCUACCCCGCCGCACCUUACAGCGCCCAGUGGGCUAGUUCGGCCACGCACACCCAGGCCGGUCUGCUGGCCACCUCACAACCCCUGGGACAGUAUCCCCAGGUUCCGACCCCUUUACAGACCUUCCACAUCAGCACUUUGCAAAAGUCAGUCAGCCACCCGGGUGGACCCAACCUGAAGACCACGUAGGGCAGGGCCUAGCCGUGCCAGGCCUAAAUAACUCUCGAAUUGGGGGAAGGAAGGGGGACGGAUUGGGCAAGUGUUUGAUUGCAUUGCAGAGAUUCUGUCACAAGAGUUUCCUUUGGGAUGGUUGAGGAAGAAGAUGCCGGAAUCCUCCUGCAUGCUCACAGAUAUGCCACGGGGAUGAUGCACAACGAUGCAAAGAAUAAGAGAAGAUGAAAAUAAAACAAUGGACACUUGUGUGCAAUGUUACGUGGCCAAAGAAGGUGUGACCAUUUUUAUUGUUAAGAUGUGUAGUGAUGGCAUCCUUCACCACCCAGCCCCAAACAUUUGUCAAGGGGUUUGAGAUUUGCUGACCUAAAAUGGAAUAGAUGCCACUGGCAUCCAUCUGUAUGUCCUCCUGAUAAAUUCAUACAUCAAGCAUGUCAACAAACGGAGGUCGGGUGGGUGACGGUGAGCAGCGAAGAGUCAAACCUAGUGUCCUUGUUCCCCUCUUGCCCUAAACCCUCUGCUGCAAUGCCAUGGAAUAAUGCAAUAAUUACAAUGGUAGAAAAAAGCCCAUUUUAAAACACAGGAAGUGGCCUUCAUUAGAUGAAAUGACAAAAUCCAUGUACAGAUAUCCUUUGUUUUUAAAUUGGGUUAUGAGGGUUUUGAUUUCAUUCAUUUGGUUUGGUUGGUUAGUUGGUUUUUCUUCCCUAUGCCCUUCAAGCCGGCCUUGUGUAGCAGAAUGGUAUGGACAGUUAUUUUUUUUUGUCAUGUUCAGAGGCCUUUCAGCUGCCCCCCGAGGUUUGUACUACAAAGCUUCUACAAGCAUCCCAGCAUGCUUUGCAGCUUAUCCACUCUCUUACCGUCCUCUUCCGGUUUUCUCAUCAGGCCACACCACAAGGUGACGUGUAAAAUGAUGGAUAAAAUCAGUUGUAUUGGGGUUUGGAUACGAAACUGGGGGUCACGGGAUUUGUCGCCUUCGAGACCUGUGAAGCUUUGAAUCUAUGGCUAAUGAUCAGCUUUUUCUGAUCAUGGCAGCAUUAGGGGCCUCUUACCAUAGUUUGAUCGAGACAUUCAAAUAAGUCGUGUUCUGUAUGGACCUGUAUUUACUCAUCAGUUAUUGAUGUUGAAACACUGUGAUUAUUACAAAUGUUGUUGGACAACAUUAGAUAAAAAAAGUAGACAAAAAAACAUGAAAUUUUGGAGGGGUUUGGAUAUUAGCGUUCGUGAGAUGUAAGGCUAGCUAUUUCAUUAUUCACAUCUUAUUGGAGACACUUUAACUUUUUUCCCCUUUGUACUUUCUUUAUAUUAUUAGAUCAAUGUGAAUGUAAAAUGGAUUCAAUUAAUGUACUUGAAGAAACCAAUCUUUCCCUCUUUCCCUACGCCCAGUGAGCUUUCUGAAGAUUCUAGUGCCUUGCGUUAUUUUAGUUUUUUGAAGUCGGGGUUUGAUAUGUAAGGCAGCGGAGAGUCUCAAGCGUUGCACUUGGUUGGAGUUGCUGGUCUUUGGACUUCACAGAGGGUGAACAUUAAUAUACUGCAGAAAUGAGGUGCUGGUUUGGAUGCCGUUUUGAAUUGGCUACGACUGAAACCAUUUGAUGGCACAGUCCUAGUCUUUUGGGAAAGUCGAAAGCUUCGAAUAUACGGUGUGCAAACACACAAUCCAGCCAUUAUAUCACAUUCAAAGGCUGUGGAAGUGCUUGAGGGUUGCGUUUUAGAUACUUCAUCAAUCAACCUUAGUGUGUAAGUAUGCCUAUCAUCAGUGCACCCUUUCUAGCGUAGACGAGUCAUUUAAAAUGCUAUUGACAACCAGUCUUUGUUUUCCAGACGGAUUCUCAAAAGGUGUGAACGGUUCUUGUGAAGGUGAAGGAUCGGCUCAGAUAGAAACGCAGGACGAGGAAAGUUAGUAUGCAUGGGACAGUAUGUUGUAAGUACUUCAAAACCACCAAUAGCUUAGAUGUUUUUCUAGCACUGCUUGAUCGGUUUUGACACCAUCCAGUGUCAAACCCUCUCCGGUGUGCGAAGAGAGACACGUUUUGGCAACAGAUGCGAUGGAAAGUGUAACUUCAUGAGCGAGAAAAGGACCAGAAAGGUGGGAAAAGACAGUUAGCAACCUUCACCGGCACAAGAACGGCACUCUCUGCCAAAACAGCACUGUCAAAGACUAAUUCUCGCUGGUUUCUCAUCAAUCCGCUUCUUUUGAACUCUCACUGCCCAUGUAAGUUCUCAAGUCACUGUGCUGGCAACGGCCUUUGGUUUUGUGGCAGAUCAGUAGCUUCAUUUUGGGGGAUCUCAACUCUCUUUUUGUAGCAGUCAGUCAAAUCACUCUUGUAAAUGCUUUGGUUUAUUCAAAAUACUAGACCUGCAGUGUCAACCUAACUUUUAGUGUCAUGCUCAGCACAUUAAGCUGUGCAGAUGAAUCGAGAACAGUCCUGAUCCACCAGAAACUAAUGUACAGAUUCUUAGAGCAUUUGAUUUGGGGUACAAAAGCAUAGUGGAGAUGCUCAUCAAAUUAACUACUGAAAGGAUGUAGAUUACAACUCGUUACAUACUGCUUAGUGUGUCGUCUGUGUGAAACGUCUGGUACAGGAACUUCACUUUAGGUCAACUGUACAGUUUAGAUUCUCAACUGGCUCUCUAUAUUUAAAAUGCGAUCGUUUUACCUUUAUCUCUUGCUUUGUACGCAACGCUUUACCUGUAGACAGCUCGUUUUUACCUACUUUGUCAUUUGGUUCGUUCAAACUGUGAACACAUCAGAAGGUCUUUAACAAAGAGGUCCAACCUGCUCAGUGUUCAGGCUAAUGAAAUCUGUGUAAUACUACCUUCUGAGUGCCAUGUCCCUUGUUCCAGAUAUGAUGCAAGUGUUAAUUUGCUCUCGCUGUAAGAAACAGGUCCCCCUGUUUGACUGUAGAGGGCGCUAAUGUAACUGCAGUGCAGGAUGUACAACAAAAUGAGAUUUACCUCUGACCUCUGAUGUAAAUGAUACAGCACCUUGGAAAAUGUAGUAAAAAAAAAACACUUUUUUUUCUUUAUCGUUCAGUUUGCUUUUUUUUUUUUUUUAAUGCGUUUGUAGCGUGCUGAUGUGCGCACGAGCCAUUCAGUAUCGAUAGACAUUCAGUUUGAUGAAAAACAAAUUUUUUUUUUUUUGCAUGAGAGUAGUUACAGAAAAAAAAUGCACACAAACUCACUCAAAAAGUAUCUUAUUGAAUGAAACCUUCCUUUCUAGUCGCUCUCCUGUGGAAAGAAAUACAACAGAACAAUGUUUACUUAAUGCUACUGACCUGUCAUUAAGUUAUUUUGUUUUGUACUGCUAUCUGAUCCGCUUGUUUUGCUGUCUUUUGAGUUUCUAGAGUUCCUCUGGCGACUUUCAUUCAGUGUUUUUUUUUUCUCCGUAUGAUAUUUAACAGUGUACAAAAUGUUAAAAGAGUUACUUAAAAUGAAAACCAAACAAAAACAUGUAGGGAAUCAUCGGCAAUGUUUAACUGUAUGUUUUGCACUAAGUAUAGGAUGUUCUAGCUUCAUAUAAAACUGCGCUUUGCGCUCCAAUAAAACAGCAUUUGUUACCCUAUUUGUAAACUUAAUAAAAGUCAUUUAAAUAAA